AUGCAGUCCAGCAAGGAUGCGCACCUGUCCGGCUUCUGCAUCGCGUCCGACAUCACCACCUUCCAGAACCGCCCAGGCAGCGCCGGCCGCGAGCCCUUCAUUAUCGGCGUGUCAGGUGGCACGGCAUCGGGCAAGACGACGGUGUGCGAGCAGAUUAUACAGCAGCUGAGGGACCACCGCGUGGUGCUCAUCGACCAGGACUCCUUCUACCGCUCCCUCACGCCCGAGGAGCUCGAUAGAGUCACCGAGUACAACUUCGACCACCCAGACGCGUUUGACUCGGAGGCGAUGCUGGAGACGAUUCAGGGGCUCAAGGAGGGGCGAGCCGUGGACAUCCCCACCUACUGCUUCAAGACGCACCGCCGCGGCACCGCCAAGCGCCAGGUGAACCCAGCGGACGUGGUCAUCUUGGAGGGAAUCCUGGUGUUCCACGACCCGGCGGUGCGCGCACACAUGAACAUGAAGAUCUUCGUUGACACCGACGCUGACGUGCGCCUCGCCCGGCGCAUCCGCAGAGACACUGUGCACCGCGGAAGAGAUGUGCAGAGCGUGAUUGAGCAGUACGCCAAGUUUGUGAAGCCGGCGUUUGACGACUUUGUCCUGCCCACCAAGAAGUUUGCUGACAUCAUCAUCCCACGCGGCGGAGACAACCACGUGGCAGUGGACCUCAUCGUGCAGCACAUCCGCACCAAGCUGGGGCAGCACGAUCUACGGAAGAUCUACUCGAAUGUCUUUGUUAUUGAGUCCACAUUCCAGAUCCGGGGCAUGCACACUCUCAUUCGCAAUCGUGACACGCGCAAGCACGACUUCGUGUUCUACGCGGACCGGCUGAUCCGGCUGGUGGUGGAGCACGGGCUGGGCCACCUGCCCUUCGUGGAGAAGCAGGUCGUCACCCCCACCGGCUCCACCUAUGUUGGUGUCGACUUCUGCAAGAACCUCUGCGGGGUUUCCAUCAUACGCAGUGGCGAGAGCAUGGAGAAUGCGCUGCGAGCAUGUGUGAAGGGCAUCCGCCUGGGGAAGAUUCUCAUUCACCGUGAAGGGGACGACGGGAAGGAGGUGAUCUACGAGAAGCUUCCAAGCGACAUCGCGUCGCGCCAUGUGUUGCUCCUCGAUCCCAUUCUUGCAUGCGGCAGUUCAGCCAUGAAGGCCAUUGAGACGCUCAUCGCCAAGGGCGUGCCGCAGUCCCGCAUCAUCUUCCUCAACCUCAUCUCCGCGCCUGAGGGCAUUCACACGCUGUGCCAUGCGUUCCCGCGCAUCAAGAUCGUGACAUCGGAGAUCGACGUAGCCAUCAACGACCACUUCCGAGUCGUGCCGGGCAUCGGCGAGUUUGGCGACCGCUACUUCGGCACCGAUGAUGACGACGAGGGGGGCGGUGCCAAUGGGCUGCCGCUGGGGGAUAGGAGCGGCAGCAGCAGCCGGUGA